UUGAAAAAGAAAUACGGUGUUUUCCAUCCAAUCAAUAUGAGCAACACACCAAGAGAUUUGUUGAAAGAGAAGCUCAAUCAGCUUCAGUGUCACUUCACGUGGCGCCCACAGAAGGAAACUAUUAACGUGGAAGAUAUGAUGUAUAGAUUACAAGAUUCAAUAAAUCUUGGUGUCAAAUAUCAAGCAUCAUCCUACAACCAACUUGCUUUUGUAAACUGCCUGCAAGGCAACUAUGAAGAAGCAAUUCAAAACUUAAAGGAAGCUGAAAGGAUUCUGAGGGAGAACCACAAAGAUGAAUUUGAAAGAAGCAGCAUCAUCACCUAUGGAAACUUUGCCUGGGCGCAUUACCACAUGGGACGACUGACCGAGGCCCAGUCCUACCUUGACAAGCUGGAGAUGAUCUGUAAACCACUCACUGAUGGCCCUCGCUAUACAGCAAUGAUACCUGAAGUUUACGGGGAGGAGGGAUGGUCUUUGCUGAGUUCUGCUGGUGAAUACUAUGAGGAAGCAAAAGAAUGUUUUGAGAAGGCUCUUGAGAAAGAUCCUGAUAAUGUGGAAUGAAUCAUGGGAUAUGCAACUGUACUGUUUCGACUGGAAUCAAUUCCUGGUACCCCAGAGAGUCGUGAACAGAAUCAGUCAGUGAAGCAUUUGCAACGUGUGCUGGAGCUUGAUUCAGAGGACUCUGUGGCCAUGGUAUUGUUGGCCCUAAAACUGCAAAGGUUCAAGCAAAAGAAGGAAGCAAAUGAAUUAGUUGAACAAGCAUUGCUGAAAACCCCUGAUUUUCCAUAUGUGCUCCGCUAUGUGGCAAAAUUUUACAGAUUAGAAGGAAAUAAGGAGAAAGCCAUUGGUCUGUUGGAGAAAGCAUUAAGAAGAACUCCACACAGCAGCUUCUUACAUCACCAAGUUGCGUUGUGUUACAAGGAUAAAUUAAUGGAACUGAUCAACAAUCCUCUUCAGAAUAAUGGUGGCAAUUUUGAAGAUCAGCAGAAAACUGAGUUGAUCAGAAAAUGCAUGGAUCACUUUGCAAAGAUACAUGAGCAAUGUCCAAGAUCAACUAAACCACAACUGGAUUUUGCAGACUUCUAUAUAAUGAUUGAAGAGCACUCCAGAGCAGAGGAGAUAUAUAGCAGACUUGUGAAUUUAGUGGACAUUCGUCUGGAAAACAUGCAGCAAAUCUUCUUAAAGGCUGGGUUAUUUCAACUGUACCAGAAAAGAUCUGAAUCAAAUGCCAUUAGCUUACUCCUGAAAGGACUGAAGAUUGAAUGUGACUCAUAUGAACGGAAAAAGUGUCAUAAGCAAUUGGAGAAGUGGGCAGACUGGAAACUUAACGGGGAUGCAUGUGACAGCAAGACCCUCAGUAUCAAAGGGUUACUGUAUCAGCUGGAUGGAAGCAAGCCUGAAGCUAUUAAAUACUUUGAGAAGGCCUUGGAGUUUGAUCCUGGCAAUGAGGAAUAUCUGAGUGCUCUUUGUGAAUUACUUCUUUCCACUGAGGACCACAAUGAUGCUUAA